UCUUUAAGUUAAUCGAUUAAAAAAUCUAAAUCCAACUAUUCCAAUCGGAUCGGUUUGACAUAUCUGAUUUUGGACAUAAAGCUUCAGUUAUCUGUGGUCGGGUCGUUCUAGUAAAUAGAACAAUCGUGGAAAUUUGCGAUUGCCGAAAAUUGCGAAUUAUAUUGUAUUUUAUUUAUUUUGGGAUUGUAUUACGCACAACAUAAAAUGUUCUAACUUGAUUUUAUUUUGAGUGGUGAUAGUUAUAUAAAACCAUGAUGGAUUUUCCACUAAAGCCGGUGAUCCGCGAUCACCGCGUGAUCAUGCCGAUCGUGAUCAUCCUGAACGGCGUCGCGCUGGCCACCGCCAUCAACCUCGUCGUGUCGCUCAAUCCCGAAGACAAAAUAACCUCAAAACGCGGCAGUGCGCUCACCCUGCUCGGCUUCAUAUACUUCAUGUCGCUGUCCGAGAUCCUGAACAUGACGGCGCUGUACACCGGCCUCGGGCACCGCUACCGGAACAAGUUCAGGCUCAGCUGCGGUGAUGUACUGGAUAUCACUAACAAGUUCGUGUCAGCCGUCCAAGCAGCGUUCUCGUGCGUGACGGGCGCCAUAGUGUGUCUGUGGUCGUGCACGCGCGAUUUCAUGCGCACCUCGCACUACAUGUCCGAAGCAUACGCCUGGUUCGGAGCCGCAUACUUUUUCUACGAUAUAUGGAGCAUGUAUAUUGUGCACCUGAAGAUGUACAGCAAGCGUCGUCCGUUCAAGAACGGCUCGACUCAGCUGUCGUCCGGCGACGGCGCGAGCGUCAAGAAGCCGGACACGUCGUUCCUGGCGUACUGCAAGCACGAGCCCGUCAUACUCAUGCACCAUCUCUUCAUAGGCGGCUUUGGGUUCCUAGUCAUCGUGUACCUCCGCGGCGACCUGGGUGACUGCACCUUCGGCUUCGUCUACCUGAUGGAGCUCUCCACUCCCUUCGUAUCAGCUCGCGGCAUCCUGUCGCGGCUGAAGCUCAAGUCCUCGCGCCUGUACCUCAUCAACGGGCUGCUGAUGCUGGCCACGUUCUUCGUGUGUCGUGUCAUCAGUCUGCCCUACGUGUGCUACCUGUACAGCAAGGUCAUCGGGAGCUCCUAUAUAGAUGCAGUAAAAUCUCUCCCAACGGGCUGCAAGAUCUCCAUCUGCAUCCUCCUACUCCCGCAACUGUACUGGUUCUACCUGAUGUGCACGGGCGCGCUGAAGAUGUUGCUGGGCGGGACUCCCUCAGCGGGCGGCGAGGUGGCAGGUGAGGGGGGCGCGGGGGAUCAGAUAUGUCCCUAUACAAAGCGCUUAUAUGGACUCAAGCAGAUCGACUUUAGUCAACAAUCUCAUAAAUGA